AUGAGUAACAACAGUUAUCCUUAUACAUCCAACAAAAGCUGUUACCGAUUAUAUGCUGGUCAUGGAAACUGGAUCAAUCUCGGUGCAAAAACCACGCAAGACUUGUUGCAAAUAUUUGGAAAAGGUGAACCUUGUCGGUAUCAAUUAGCUCCUGGUCUUUCAAUUGACAUUAUUCCGCAUGAUGUUGACUGUAAUAGCAAAAAUAUCGAUAUGGUGGGUUUAAUGCGUGCUGAUCUGGUCUAUGAGCCUCAUUUGAUGGAAGGCCAUGUUCAACAGCUCAUGUCACACUAUGUUCGUAAUUUACUGGAGAAACAAAACAUUGUGGAUGUCUUUCCUCCUACUCGACCCAGCGAAAACUUACCUAUCAUUACGUCUAUUCCAACCCAUCGUCAUUUGAGUUUGGUACCUAUGGUGAUGGGUGCUGCUCGACGAGGCCCUAAAGCGUAUCAACCCGCUUAUGCAAGAACAACACCUUCCACUUCUUCUGCUUCUUCCACUGCAUUUACACAAGAAGGAAAUCAUACGCCUAUUUCUUCUUCUUCCUUCUCAAGCGAUUCUUCACCUACGCGAAAGAGAAAAGCCAAAAGUGUAAUAACAAGACGCAAACAACCAAAACAAACCAAAAGCGCGCCCACAGUUGAACUCUCAUCUCAAAGAAUGAUAGCAGCGAGUGACUAUUGUCCUUCAGCCAUGAAUCUACGCUUGUUUGCUAAUUUUCCUCAGCUAGACAAUACCAUGGAUCAAGACUAUCAUUACAAUCAUCCAAACAAUACCCAUAGUAGCUUACUGAACAAUCAUUCUCUUCCUCCACCACCUCCACCACCACCUCCUUCUUCUUCUCAAGUAUGGGCUCAGCCUUAUUCGAGUCGUUCAACUCAUAACAACAAUUUCGACUUUGAUUUUAAUGUCGAGUUUGAUCAAUCGACUAUGCAUCGUCAAUCACCUACGGAUAUUUUGCAUGAAUACGAUCGUCACUUUUCUUCCUCUUCCAGCUUUAAUGACCAACAACAGCCACAACAACCAACGCAACAACCACAGCAUCACAAUGAGCUAUAUUCGAUGCCACAUGCCUUACUCAGUGAAAACAACAAUCAACAGACAAGUUCAGAACCUCAUCUUGAAAGCUAUGUGCCUAGCUCACCUAUUCCAAACCAAAACCAGUGA